AUGGCGUCCCAAUCGAGCCCAGACGCGGGCCAUACGCCUUCGAUCAAAACUACCUAUCGCCAGGACAGAUCGCCGUUGAUGGCCAUACUCCAGAGCUGCUUGAAACCAUUCAACACAAAGCUCGUUGCCCCGAAGAAAGAGUUCCCAGCCGGGUCGCCUAAGCUAGAACCUCCAAGCAAAUCUCGGAAAAAGUUGGAUGUCACAGAGCGGAAAGUGGAAGAUAUAUGGCUUUACGACUUUCGGCGGAAAGAGCCACUGCAUUCAUCGAAGCAUGAGUCUGGAGCGAAGAAGACUUCGAAGAGACUAUACUACUUCGCCGGCGGAGGCUGGCAGGCGCCCGCUUCUUCACAACAUUGGAGUCUGGUUACGGAGAUGGCAUUACAGCUGCCCGACUUCAUCGUUACGCUCGUCAGCUAUCCCCUGGCGCCGAAUAGUCCCGCACCCGUCGCCUUGCCUCAAAUCAUGCAUCUGUACAAAGCCCUUCUGGCUUCAGCGCAAGAAGCCAACGAAGAAGUCAUAUUCGCUGGAGACUCCGCUGGCGGCAACAUCGUGCUGAGUCUGGUCGUCAACUCACUACUCGCGAAUCCAGAUGCUCUAUGUCCCAAAGCUAUAAUGGCGAUCUGUCCAUCCACCGACCUGCGACGAAGCAACCCAGAGAUGAAAGAGAUCGAGAAGAACGAUCCGCUCUUGCGAAUGCCAUUCGUGGUAUCCUCAGCGAAUGCGUGGCGAGGAGCAUGGGAUGCCAGUGACGUCCGCGUAUCCCCACUAUUGGCAGAUUUUGGACCAUUGUCGAGGAGGGAUGUGAAGAUUCAUGGCGUGACCGGAACGUAUGAUAUCUUGUCUCCGGAUGCGGCGCUGCUUAGGGAGAAGUGUAAUUCACUGGGCAUCAAGGGAGAGUGGUUGCAGUGGGAUAAACAGACGCAUUGUUUUCCGCUCAUGUUUCCGUAUGGCUUGUCGGAGGCGAAGGAGGCGAAGGAUUGGAUUCUGGAUGUCAUAAAGCGAUCUUAG